AAACAUGGCGUCAGCAAUGCUGGCGCUGCGGACGCGGGCGGCUGCUACAGCCUUAUUGGGUGCCCCGAAGCCUGUUGCUCUUGCAGUCAGAUACGCAUCUAAGAAGACAGGUGGCAGUUCCAAAAACCUGGGUGGAAAGUCCCCAGGGAAACACUAUGGCCUCAGGAAGAUGGAAGGUGAAUAUGUUCAUGCUGGCAACAUUAUUGCAACUCAGCGCAACUUCCGCUGGCAUCCAGGUGCACAUGUGGGGUUAGGGAAGAGGAAGUACCUGUAUGCACUGGAGGAGGGGACCGUCCACUUCACCAAGGAGGUCUACGUGCCCAACCCCAAGGACGCGGAUGCAGUUGAUCUGGUUACCAGGCUGCCCCAGGGCGCUGUGCUCUACAAGACCUUCGUCCAUGUGGUCCCUGCCAAGCCCGAGGGCACCUUCAAAUUGGUUGCCUUGCUUUGAGUUCCUGGUGACCAGCCUAUGGAC